AUGGAUAGAGCAGAACUGGCGACGGCUCAAGCCUCCGUUGAGGCUGCUUCGGUUGCCACUUCAGGCCUUCCCUCUCCGACAUCUCUAGCCGAUUCGUCGUCUCCUCCACCCUCCUCUUUGCCCGCUCUCCCUCCGGCAUCUGUUUCUCCCCAUCCUCGUCCAUCUUCUUCCUCUACCUCGUCUCUAUCUUCUUCCUCUUCUUCCCCCUCGUCGUCAACCUGUUCUGCCCCUUCUUCCUCUUCUGGCCAUCUUGCUUCCUCUUCCGCCGCUCCCAUCCCUGUGACGUCCCCGCCUCCUUUUUCUGUGGGAUCCACGUCUCCGCCUGGUGCGAAGCGUGGUUUAUCCUCGUCUCUUCUUCCGUCUUCAACGCCUUCAACUGCUUCCUUUGCCUCGUCCGUGUCGAUGCCGGCCUCGUCGGCUCCUUCGCUUUAUCCUCCCGGCUCAUUCGGUGUCCCUGCUGCUCCGACUGUUUCGAUCUACGUGAAUCCUUCACUACCGUCGCAUGCUCAGACCCCGUUCGCCCCCGUCCCUUGUCUUCCACAACCAACCCGUCCUUCUUCGGGUCUCGCUGGCAACCGGUCAGGUGGUCUGAACGAAAACCCGGCAGGUCGCGGAGAGCAGGAGGGUAAUAACCCUCCUCAAUCCGCGGCGACAGCGAACGCCCACAGGGAACGCAAAACAGCUGAACCGCCGCCAGCAGAAACCGGACGAGAAAUCGAAAUUUCAAAUGCGAAUGGCGGACGUGCCUCCUCCGCGCAUCUUUCGAAUUUCCCUUCGACUGCUUCUUCGGGGUUUCCUUCUGCGGGUUCCACGGCACAAGCAGCUUUCGCGGCGGAGAGACAGCGAGAACAGGAAGCGAACUACUUGAACAGCCAGCGCGACGACGAAAAGAGAAUCAACAGCGCCGUCAGCUUCCUUCAACAGCCCGCCGGCGCUGCCGCCCUGACUCGUUUUUUCUCGAAUUUCGAGUGGACCGAUAAUGGUGUGUACCUCCUGACUUACUUCGGCAUCGUCAGGUGCAUCGACAUUUUCACCGGGACAGAAAAGUGUGGCGCGCAUUUUCUAGAACUGGCGCCUGACCCGUCUUUCAACCUUCCCUCCCUGACUUGUUUUUCCUUUGGUUUUCUCACUUCUUCUCUUCAGAGAAAUAGUCCCUUCGCUCUCUCCUUCGGCCAAUCUCUCUUCUCGCCUGCACUCCCUGAGGCCUCCCGAUCGUCGGGCCCCUGUAGAAAGAACCAAACAGAAGAGGAAGAAGAGGAAGAAGAGGAAGAAGACGAAGAAGAAGAGGAAGAAGAGAAAGAGGAGGAAGAAGAGGAAGAAGAGGAAGAAGAGGGAGAAGAUGGAGAGGAAGAAGAGGAAGAGGGAGAGGCAGAACAAGAGGAAGAGGAAAACGACGACGACGAAGCAGAUGUGUUCCCAGAGAAGCCGCGGAGGCUUUUUUGGGGUGCUCGGGGGACUUCCGGAAGACUGGCUGAUCGACAAAAGGAGGCGCGAGGCGUCAGCAGGCCCCAGGAUUCGCCUUCCCAUCGGCCGAGUGGAUCGUCUGCUCACAUACCCUCAUUGUCCGCUGCGAGGCUUGGUCAGGAUGGCGGAGCGACCGGAAUAAAGCGCGGCGAAAAGGGGAAAAGACGGAAGGGAAUCCUUCGCGAGGCUGACAGCGAAGACCCUACCAGGGCGCCACACACCAGAGAAGCCGUGGGCCGAAAACGAAUCGAAAGAAGCAAUCCGCUUGCGUGUUUCCAGGAGACCAGCGAUCCGGCCCAUGUGGCCCUGAGCGGCGACCAGAGGGACGCAGCGUUGCUCGCGCUCUUUCGGAGACAGACAGCAACCCUCGGCCGUCUGGAACGGCUUUUGCAAACUGUCUCAGCCCUUCUCGGAAAGAGAUCGGGUCCUGCCUCCCCUGUCGACAAAGAGCUCUUCACCUUCAUUUCGCCACCGGAGGGGUCAUCGCAGUCUCCCUCCUCUCGCGCGUCUUCUCCCUCGCGUUCGCCCGAGUUUUUGCCUGCGGAGGAGGGAGGCGGCGCCUCGCUGUUACAGCCUCCCCACGGGCGCGUCGCUUCCUCCUUCGUCUUUUCUGCCCCGUUUUCCCCCAAUUCGUCGACGCCUUGGCAACCAGCGCCAGCGACCAAACCCCCCCUCGCCUUGGGGCGGGAAGAAGGCCGAGCAGGGGUGACGGACGAGGCUGGCGCUCGAGCCUGGUGGCGGCGCAUGAGUGAGGAGAAGGCGCCGCGAAGCGAGGCCGAUGUAAAGAAGGAUUCGGCGAGAUCGGAAGAAACUUGGAAAAACGAGAAACCCCCGGCGCAUGCAGAGAGCGAAGAGGGGCGAAACGACCUCUGUACGCCUCUGGAGCGACCGACGCGAAACCAGGAAAUAGAGAGCGCUCAGGCGCUGGGAUUCGAGGACAGCAAUGAAAACGCAUCUGGAUGGGAAGAAAGGACACCUGACGCGCGGCGGAGCCAUGCGGGAGCGACACAGCGAGAGGACGCGAUUUCAGCCUCUACCUCCUCCUCGGCGGGGGCGUUGCUCCACAGGGUCGCUGAAAGAAAGGUUCUCGGGGAGGCGUUCGAGCGCCUUGCCUACGCCCUCCCGACAGAUCUCCCGGAAAAACAGAAAUCACUGGGAACUCUAGUGCUGAUGCUGUCGAAUUUGGAAUCUGCCCCUACGGAGGAAGUUCGGGCUCGGUACUCGCGCAUCAACACCCGCUCGCCGCGGUUUGAAGAAAGGUUCAAGGGAAUGCUGGCGGAAGUGUCGGCGUUUCUAGAGGCGGUUGGUUUCUGUCCCCAAGGCACGAUUCUCGCGUAUCCGGCGACAGCAGAUAUCGCGUCAGUGGUGGAGGCGAAGUCCCUGGCUCUCGCCUAUCUCCGGACGCUUGAGACCAUGGCGCAGAAACCGGAACAGGCGUGUUCGCCUUCUGCCUCAUCGUCUUCUUUCUCUUCUUUCUCUGUCAGUCCCACGCCGCUCGCUGCUGCCGCUCCCCCUUCGUUGCCUGCUUCCCAUGCCCCCACUGCCGCAUCGGUUCCGGGAGCCUGUUUCUCGUUUUCCUCUUCUUGUUCUCCUUUUUCUUCUUCCUCGUUUUCUUCCUCUUCUCUCUUGUCUUCGUUCUCUGCCUCGUCGCCUCUCGAGGCUUCGACGCAUGCAUCAGCUGAAGAGUGCUGUCGGGGGCAGCGCGCGAGAGACGAAGAAAUGAACAAGCCAACACAGAACUCGAAGAAAGACACAAAGAGCGGGGGAGAGGAAAACGGCAUGCAGAGGAAGGGAGAGGAAAAGAAAGCGAGUGAGGCAGAGCCUGAGGCGGAGGAAACAGACACCAAAACGGACGAGACCAGUGGCGAGAACCCGAGGAAAGAGGGAACGAGAUUGGAAGGAGAGACGAGAGAGGCAGCCGACCCGGACGAGGAGCACACGCGCAAGGACAGAAGCCAUACAGAAAACAGACAAGCGAGAGAAGGACCGACAGAUGAGAGAAGAGAGGAAAACGCGCAGGGAGAGGCAGACGCAACGAUGGAAUCAGAUCGAAAUGUAGAGAUGGAGAAGGAAGGCGACUGCGUCCCGCGGGCAAACGAUUCGAAAGCUGAAACAUAA